AUGCUAGUACAAGAUAAACGGAAACAGCUUCUGCUCGACCUAUUGUCCGCCUUGGGCGACGUUGAUGUCGAUGACGAUCUCGAACAAGAUGAAGGCAUUCGAGGACAAGCCCAGGAGAACAUUCAUUGCAUGGAUCUUGUCCACGAGGGAGUCGAGAUGUUCCACGUAUUCGCCAGGGAGCUAAAUGGUCUCGAUGAUGCGUUGCGCAACUUCAGCAACUCCGCCCGUCUACUGGGCUCUCCCGUGGACAUUCUCUCAUCGACCUACCAUCUACGGGAGCGGCUGACCGUGAUCCGAUACCUCUUUCGCGAGAACGCCGCCCAUCUGUUCCCACAAAAGAUCUCGCAUGCGCCAGAAGAGUCGCUACAUAGGCCUGCUAUUCCUGAUCGUCGACGCUCGCAGUCAAGGAUCCAUUCGAAUACGCGCAGACUGCCCGUCCUCGAUCCCCCAGCGCAGGAGGACCUCCCGAAAGAGCUCGACACAUUGGCGAGGAACAUGAUAAGCUUUUUAUUAGACUUCAACGAUCUACUUGAUUAUCCGGAUGAAGCGCUCAACUUACCCGUGAUGGCUUUUGAAGAGGACCUCAAGUAUUGGGCAUCCUGUUUGAAGGAAUACGACGGUCAACUCAAGUCCCCGUCGGUUCGGAGGUACUUGCAUGACCUUAGCGCCGAGAUGGGGGAGCACCUCGGAUCCAUCAGCCGAUACCUUUCUACUUUCAACGAGACUUGCAUACCCACGAUUCGUGAUAUGCAACGGCAUGGUGGGCGGAACCUGCUCAAUCUAUCCAUGCUUGCAACCGUCUUUUGCGCUGUAGCUGCAACUACGCUGCAAAUGUCCUACAACUACAACAAGAACUCGCUCCAGAGCGCAGUCAACGGCUUCUGGUUUACCUCCAUCGUCCUCUCAAUCGCUGCAGCCGGGAACUCCCUUCUUGGUCUGGCCUGGAAGCAGGCUAUGUAUCGCGCUCCUGGCAGGCAUGUGCCCUGGUGGGUCAUAUCGUGGCUUAGAAGAUCACCAUUAGUCUUUCUGGUCAUGGCCGUCACUUGUUUCACCAUUGGACUCGCAAUAUUCUCGUAUUCAUCGGGACAGGAUCAUACCGUGGUCAUCGUUGUUGCGGGCGUCACAGGGUUGAGUAGUAUUGGCUUCACCUCCGUCAUAACUUGGUAUGCGCUGGAGCGCUUCGCUUUCGCUCGGCACUACGGUAGCAGGUUGCACGAGCUCCGGAAGAUCUCCGGCUUCUUUGCGUCUGUCAUUCGUCCCUGUAAAGCUAUAGCGCGCUGUUUAGCACACAGACGAUAUGUAGGAGACCCUGAACAAAACACGGUAUCUUGGCGGCAGAGAGCUAGUACAUUCGUCAACAGCCCGACGUCAAGUUCUGAGCACAAAGAGGCAACGGAGCUAGGCUCGGUGGCUCAGGACGUAUUGCCCUCGGCUCCUUUGCACCCAUACGCCACUCGAACCUACUAUCCCAUGAAGACCUCCAACCUUGCAAGCCCCACUUCACCUUCUCUCCCAUUAACGCGCUUCCGGCGUGCAGUGCGCGCGGUCCUGUUUAGGAAACAAGCUGGCAUAGACGUACAGGAAACUAGACGUGCUUCUACCCUCGUAGCUCACCUCCGAGACAUGCGACCCACGGCGUCUCUAUCCGCCCACACCGCUCUCGUGCGCCAUUUGCAAUUCAGUCCAGAUGGGCAGCAUCUUGCGACGAGCUCUUGGGACCGCACCAGCGUGAUAUCGCCGGCCGCAUCUCCAUUCGGACCGCAUCGUACCUUAGCCCAUCCAUCUGGAAUAGUUAGUGGGGUCGCUUGGUCGCCAGACGGCAUGCAUCUACUCGCGCAGCUCAAUCGUAGUGUGGAAAUCUGGACGGAGUCUGGCGUGUGUACACGCACAAUCGGGCGCAAACAUCCGAUCCAAUCCAUUGCCUGGUUACCACACGGACACGCAUUCAUGAUCGUGGAGGGGAAUGUCAUCACCGUUCUGGACGUUUCAAAUCAGAAGAUCGGCGAGUAUUGGUUUGAGAGGUUGAAGAUACAUGGCAUAGCUCCAACUACUGACGGUACACGAGUGCUGCUCGUCGGCACGUUGCUCUCUUCGCAAGACGGUCUGCGGCCAGGGAAAGGUCGAGAUGAGAAACGUAUCAUCUCAUAUAAUAUGGAGCGCGAGGAGAUCGAAUGCCAAGUCCCAGUCUUGAGCGACGUGCGCGACAUCGCCUUGGCGAAAAGCGGCCUGCAUGCUUUGGUAAGCUAUGCGUGUAAGGCGCCGCAACUGUGGGAGCUUGAGACGUAUAAGCAAAGAACGGAAACCGUGGGACCAGCACCUGGACAAGAACCUCCCACCAGCCCGCGUACUUCCGCGACCACGUCCCGCCUCUCUCUCAAACGCACAUACUAUGCAUCGCAUGCGCAAGAUGGGUUCUCUGCGCCUGGAUGCUUUGGCGGGACCGAUGACGAAUUGGUGCUUUGCGCAAGUAAAUCUGGAAGCAUUCACAUCUGGGAUCGCGAUUCGGGCUUGUUACUGCACGAGUUCUAUGCUCACGAUCUGGGAGGCGGCGACAUCACUUGUAUCGCUUGGAAUCCGACGGCGUGCAUGUUCGCCACAGGCAGACACGAUGGUGCGGUUCGGGUAUGGUCCACCACACCUCCAGGAGGCGCGGAGGUGGGCCCGUUCAUGAGCCACGGACACGAAGACGACGGAUGCUCUGGUGAGGAGGUAGUCCGGGAAGCUGUGGCCUCAGACGCUGCUCGUGAAUUCUGGCCGGAAGCAAUGUAA